AUGGCCCAAUCCAAGUCCGUAUCCAACCAUACCACUCCUGACCUCAGCCUGUACAUCCUAACUUUCAACUGCGGACGUACACCCGUCCAACCUGAAGCGUUUGCGCCAUACUUGUUUUCUGCAUUACGCAGCAAUCUCCCCGGCCAGCUACCGCCGGAGCUAUUGGUCUUAUGUCUCCAGGAACUCGCGCCAAUCUCGUACGCGUUUCUCGGCGGAUCCUUUUUGACGCCGUACUUGGAUGCUUGGAAUGAUGUUGUCAAAUUAGCUUGCAAAGAUUUCGACACCAGUCGGAGUUCGAAUACUGGCGACGCUGAUGGUGAUGGUAGUAGUGAUGCUACUGUACCGACCACAAGAUCUACAGACUAUGUCAAUAUUGUCUCGCGCAAUCUGGGGCUCACUGCGAUCAUGGUCUUCGCGAGAACCGAUGUCGUGGACCAUAUCGGCUGGAUUCAGACCGCGGGAGUCGGACUCGGUGUGAGUGACAUGGGCAAUAAAGGCGCCGUCGGGGCCAGAUUGGGCUAUAAAUGGAAGGACUCCUCCACGGUCCAUCCUAGGUCCGGCUCCCUCAAUAACGAAGAAGAGGAUGAAGGGCCCGGGGAGGUCCAGUUGACUUUCGUCGCCGCUCAUUUGGCAGCGAUGGAAGAUGCCUUGGAACAGCGCAACGAGGACUACAAGAACAUUGUGCAGAGGUUGGUGUUUGUGCCAGAGACGAAAGUGGCUACAACAGCAAACAAGGGCGGUGGAGUAAGAGAUGAACACGCGGAAGAUGCGCCAUUGUUGCAAGGCGAAUUUGACGUGGAUUCUGGUCCUGCACAACGGAACCUGCCCGCAGAGAGUGGCAUCUACUCAGCACACUCGCAUCUGUUUUUCGCCGGAGAUCUGAAUUACCGCACAUCACUCCUCCAGCCAUCGCCACUGGAUGUGCAAGAACGGUUCCCGCAACCUACCAGUGAUGAGACGGAUCCCAAGCAUUUCAAACAUCUUCUGGCCGAGGAUCAGCUUACGCAGCAAGUCAAGGCCGGCAAAGCUCUGCAUGGAUUGACUGAGGCGCCGAUCGAUUUCCCUCCUACGUACAAGUACGAUCCGGAUGGCAGCAAGGCGGUCACGCUGGAUGGAGAACAGCCCUGGCCGUGGGCACGUCAUCGCUGGCCUAGUUGGUGCGAUCGCAUCUUCUUCUGGCAACCAAACGGGGAUGUUCAGGUACGGCCGCUGAAAUAUACCUCUCUCCCGUUGUUUGCAAGCUCGGAUCAUCGCCCGGUAGCCUUGGCUGCUACCGUGCCGUUGAAGGCGGUUUCGGACACAAAACAAGAUCAAAAUGCCCCUUUUACUAUUGAUCCGGAAUGGAAGGGUCGGAGAGCUAUGGCACGAAGGAAGGAGUUGGUGGUCGGUCUAUUGGCUUAUCUUGCCCUGACGAGAGAGGGUAAUGGCUUGCUAGCGGCGACCACGAUCGGUGCUGUGGGAGGGUGGUUGAUUCUCAGAUCGCUGCUUCUGGUCUGA